UAAUGUUACUGACGCGACCUUUCCCCUAGUUUGCUGGAGAUAGCUACUAGAAUGGCUGCCAGUAGUAGUAGUUCUGAUGAGUCCUCUGGCGCGGCAGCUGAGCCAUACGUGUUCUAUCGGGACCGUCCAGAGUGGAAGGAUGUCAAGCCAGUGCCUCAAGAUGAGGGGCCCAAUCCUGUGGUAGCCAUUGCUUAUACUGAAAAAUUCCGUGAUGUGUACGACUACUUGCGAGCCAUGUGGCAGGCUGAUGAAAGAAGUGAGAGGGCAUAUCAGCUCACUGCCGAUGCAAUCUACUGCAAUGCCGCUAACUACACUGUGUGGCACUAUCGUCGACAACUGUUGCAGUCACUCAACAAAGAUCUGAAGGCAGAGAUGAAGUUCAUUGCAGACACCAUCGAAGAGCAACCCAAGAAUUACCAAGUGUGGUACCAUCGACAGAAGUUGGUGGAGUGGGCUGGAGAUCCAUCAGAGGAGCUGAUACUGACAGCUGCAGUGUUUAGUGAGGACGGCAAGAACUAUCAUGCCUGGCAACACAGGCAGUGGGUCAUCAAGACCUUCAACCUAUGGGAGGGUGAGUUGGACUAUGUGGAUAGUCUACUUCAGUUGGACCUGAGGAACAACUCGGCCUGGAAUCAAAGAUACUUUGUCAUUGCCAACACCACUAAAUUCACAGACAGUGUCAUCGAAAGAGAAGUCAAAUACGCCAUGAGCUAUAUCAGCAAAGCCCCCAACAAUGAGAGUGCAUGGAACUACCUUCAGGGGGUUUUGAAGGGAAAGUCCCUUUCUGAGUGGCCAGGUUUGCAAGAAUUUUGCGAUGAGCUAAAAGCUAAAAACAUUUGCUCUCCAUUUCUACUCUCACUCCAAAUCGACAUCUACGAAGAAGAAGCUAGUAAGAACAGUGGCUCUGCUCCAGAGAUCAUAGCUAAAGCUGUUGAGCUGUGUGGCCAACUCUCCAGCAAGUACGAUACCAUCCGGAAGCAAUACUGGGAUUACAUCUCAGCCAAGCUUCAAGAAACUCUCUUAACCGACUAAUUACAUCUGUUUGAUCAAUAUUGAUUAUGCAAAUCAUGUACGUAUUAUUUUGUUGAAUUAAGAUAAUGACUUAAGUCUCUGA